AUGAAACAAACUAACGUAUUACUCAAAUAUUUACAGUCUAUAAAUAUUAACUAUAUUCAUGUUAUUGGAAUGUGCAAACAGACAAUUAAUAUUUUAAAAGAUAUGAGAAGAGAUACUAAAUUUCAUAAAAUAUGGAUUCAAGUAAUUAAAGUAACUAAAGAAAAUAAUAUUACUCCACCUAAAUUACCCACAAAUAGAAAUACACCACAAAAAUAUGGUGAAGAUGAAAAUGGUUUUCAAAAUUUUCCGGUUGAACAUUACUAUCGAAUAAAUAUAUACUACACAGUGUUAGAUAUAAUAAUAAGAGAAAUAGAAGUACGUUUUAAGGAAAAUCAACUACAAAUUUUAAAUGGACUGAAGAAUUGA